AAAACCAAGUGGAUGCAAUGCGAUGUCUGCAAUGUCGUUGGCCUGGAACCUGACCAAUGCUUUGAGGGUGUGAAAACUGUGUAGGAGGAGAGGCAAAUGAACCUUUUGCGAAUACAUCUCUAAGAAUCGGAACAACAGAACUACUCUUACCUCAGUCUGCAACGUGUCGGUAAUUAAUUGAUAAUGAGCAUUACUCCUUGAAGGCAAAGGGCCUACUGGCAAAGAGAAAACCAAAUAAUGAUGAACUACACUGAGGAAGCGAGACAUGGCUUUUACACCAAAGGUUCCCACCAUGAGAACAUCCUGUUUGCGAGCUUUUACAUCCUGGUCUUUGUGGUCGCCGUGCCUGGCAACACCUUGGCAUUGUGGGUGUUCUGUCGUCAGGCUGACACCUCACCCUCCAAGCUCUUUCUAAAGCACCUGGCCAUAGCAGAUGUCUCCUACGUGCUGAUCUUGCCCAUGCGGAUGGUCUACCACUUCUCAGACAGCCACUGGCCCUUUGGAGAGGUCCCCUGCCGCCUGGUGGGGUUUCUCUUCUACCUCAACAUGUACUGCAGUCUUUACUUCAUGACCUGCAUCAGCCUGGACCGCCUCAUUGCCCUGGUCCUACCGCUCAGGUCACGGUCAAUGAGGAAGGCUUCAUAUGCCAGAGUGGUAGUGGUAAUCCUGUGGGUCACAGUGACCGUGACUAUGGCUCCCUUGCUAUUCUCCAAAAAACAAACCAUGAUUCAGGUUGACAACACAACCGUGGUCAUGUGUAACCAGCUGUACUUGGAAAAGACGUCUCCCAAUGCACUGGUGUCAACCAUGGUGGCGUUUAGUAUUCCUCUGGUCACUAUAGUGGUAUCCUAUAUAUUAAUCCUGUUGAAACUGAAGGGCAUCGAGCAACAGGAGGGAAGCUCGAUCAGAGACAAGGCCAUCAGGAUGAUCCUUCUCAUCAUGGUGAACUUCCUGGUUGCUUUUGUGCCCUAUCACUUGAACCGUUUCAUCUACAUUGAGAGACACACUCAUAGCGACAUGGAAACUGCGUCCAUUGAGGCUCUGGCACUAGCCAACCGAGUCACUUCCGCACUAACCUGUUUGAGUGGAGCUUUGGAUCCUAUUAUGUACUUUUUUUUGGCAAGGACUUAUCAAAGUAUACUGCUGCAGCUGUUCUGUAGAGACAGGAGGGCGGACCAGCCAACCACAACCUGAUCUAGGAUCAGGUCUCGCCAGUACAUCAUCUUUUCUUUUUUUUUAAGGCUAAACUGAUCCUAGAUCAGCACUCCUCCUGCUCUGAGACCAGUACAAGAGUAUGCUUGCAGUGAUUCAAUGACUAUUUAAUAUUACAAUGGCAAUGUACAGUAUUGAAUCCUACAGUAUGAUCUCAUUGUGGAGUUGUGCAAUAAAGGCUACAUGCAAAUAUCUUAUUAAAAAUAAUGGUUGGUAGGCCUAUAUGUAUGAAAAUUAAUCUUAUUUCUAAGUUGUUUUACCAUUGCUGUUAUUGUAUUGUAGGCAUAUUGUAUGCCUAUUAUUAAACUUUUUGGCUAAAUUAAUAAAUAAAAUGUUAUUUUU